GUGGUGGUGCCGGUGGUGGUGCCGGGCUGCUUGCCGACGCCUCCUUCCUGGAGGAGCCGGUGAUGCUGCUAGCGUUCGUGCUGCUGGGGCGGGCGCUGGAGGCGCGGGCCAAGGUCCAAGCAGCCGCCGACCUGCAGUCCCUGGCACGUCUGCUGCCUGCCUCCGCACGACUGGUGCUUGACCCGGGGGCAGCACCCCCGGGGGCUGGGGGGGCGCCGCCUGCCGGUGCUGGUGCAGGCGGCGGUGCUGCAGCUGGUGGUGGUGCAGGCGGUGCUGCAGGUGGUCCUGCAGUGGAUUACGCGACGGUGCCCACCAGCAGUGUGCGGACGGGGGACGUGCUGCGGGUGCUGCCGGGCGAGAGGGUUCCAGUGGACGGCUUGCUGCUCACCGGCGAGUGCUGCUGCGACGAGUCCCUGCUAACCGGCGAAUCCGCGCUGGUGCCUAAACAGGCACCCGGCGUCAGCCGACUAGUGGGUGGCACGGUGUGCUACGAGGGCGCCAUCACCAUGCGAGCAACCGCCACGGGUCGGAAGUCCACACUCGCGGGAAUCGCACGUCUGGUGGCUUCGGCGCAGGCACGGGAGGCGCCCGUUCAGCGCUUGGCGGAUGCGGUAGCAGGGCGGUUUUGUCUGGGUGUGAUGGCUGCUGCCGCGGCUACGUUUGGGUUCUGGGCGGGGCUGGGACCUCAGCUGUUCCCCCAUGUGUUGGAGGUGGCGGGGACGGGAGGAUGGGCGGCGUUGGAGGCCUCGUAUCACAGCCAUGGCGCCGGCGGUUGGGGCGGCGCCGCCGCUGCAGCCCUCGACGCCGCAGACACUCCCGCCUCGCCCCUGCUGCUGGCGUUACGUCUGGCGGUCGACGUGUUGGUGGUUGCAUGUCCCUGCGCACUGGGCCUUGCGACUCCCACUGCCGUUCUGGUGGCCACUUCGCUGGGGGCGAAGAGGGGGCUGCUGGUUCGCGGAGGGGAUGUGUUGGAGCGGUUGGCGGCCGUUGAUACCGUUGUGCUGGACAAGACCGGAACACUCACCGAGGGCAAGCUAAAGGUCCUGGGCAUUCAAACGGUGUCACCACAUCAGCAGUCGGGGGGGCGUUCUGAGGACGGCAACCAUCAACAGCCGCACCAUUACCAUCAACACAAUGGCAGCUGGGAGCAACAACUGCGGCAGCAACAACCUAGCCCCAGCAGCAGCAGUGUCAGCGGCAGCAGACAGACGUGCUGUAGCAGCAGUAGCGGCAGCACUAGCAACGGUAACGGUAAUGGCAGUUGGGUAUUAGGUCAUGGAGGGGAGAACGGUAAGGAGAUGGAGGUUCUGCGGUUGGCGGCGGCGGUUGAAGCGGCGACUCGGCAUCCACUCGCAGACGCCGUACUUGCGGAGGCGAAACGACGCGGCGUAACGGCGCCGCCGGCGACGGAGGCGGCGACGACGACCGCGGGUCGCGGCGUACGAGCAAUCGUCGAUGGACGAUGGGUCGCCGUCGGGCGACGCGAGUGGGCGUUGGAAGCGGUUGGCGCCGACGCGUCGUCGUUGCCGUCAUUGACGGCGCCGCCGCCGGAGACGGCGGCGCCCGGCGCUACCUCAGUGUGGGUCGCGAGUGAGGGCGAGGGACUCGUGGGUCGCAUUUGGUUGCGCGACACAUUGAGGCCCGACGCCGUCGCGACGGUUGCGUCGCUAACGGCGGCGGGAAAGCGAGUGGUGAUCAUGUCGGGCGACGACCCGGCGACGGUUGCGGCGGUUGCGGCGGCGGCGGGAGUGAAUGCGGCGGCGGCGAGGGGCGGUUUAUCGCCGGAAGCCAAGCUGGAGGGUGUACGACAGCUACAGGCGGAGGGGCGAGUGGUGGCGAUGGUGGGGGAUGGCGUCAAUGACGCGCCAGCGCUGGCGGCGGCGGAUGUGGGUGUUGCCAUGAAGGGCGGACUGGACGCCGCUGGCGAGGCUGCUGAUGUGGUGCUCAUGGGCGACCGGCUGGGUCAGCUGCUGGAUGCCGUAGAGCUGGGCGGGGCCACGCUGACCAAGAUACGACAGAACCUGGGAUGGGCGCUGGCAUACAAUGUGGUGGGCAUUCCCCUGGCGGCAGGUGCGCUGCUGCCUAGUGCGGGAGUGGCGCUGAACCCCUCCGCCGCUGCCGCCAUGAUGGCGCUCAGCAGCGUGGCGGUGGUCAGCAACAGUCUGCUGCUGCGGGCGAGGAGCUGGGGCAGGCGGGCGUCGUAGGGGCGGGGGUUUAAGUGGGACGACGUUUGGCAGGCGGUCUGGGUCGUCAACCCGUCGCCGUGGGGCCGAUAGCUGAGAGCUUUAAGAGCGCUGUUGGCCAGCAUGCAUGCAUGCUGGCAGGCGAGCGUGUGCGGUGGUGGUGGUAGAGACUACGUGUCUGGGAGCGUUUAACACUGCAUGAAGGAGGCUGUAUGAUGGUGGUUUAGACUUAAAAGAGGCGGGGGGAAAAUGGCGUUGAAGGUGAUGAACCCCACCCCGCGUGUGGGGCUGCGUGCCGUGCUGCCGUGCAGUGUUUCGCACCAGCUACGGAAACGGCCGCGAAUGUAACAUGGUAUGGGGGCAACAUGCAACAUGUUGAGGUGUGGCGAGGUGGCUGAGGUCAUGGGGGUUGCCCUGGAGGCGGUAGAAUGGCCUCCCGAAAUGAGCCUCUACAUGGGGCGUGAUUGUGCUGCGGAAAGUCGCUGCAUGCGCUAAGCCCUGUAGCGAUGUCACUGUAUGACUGGAUGACGACUUACAGCCGGGUAAAUCAAGGAAAUUCGGUCGCUUUCCGACAGAAAACCGGCGAACUGACGGCUUUAAAAGCUGUAGGCCUAGGCCACAUUGAAGUCCGCCUGUCAUGGCAACUUGGUCAAGCAAAACCAGCCUCGUUAACACGAGCGGUG